AAGCACUAUGCGUGCGGCUCUCUUUGAAAGUUUCAACCAACCGUACGUGGUAAAGGACGUUCCGGUGCCAACAGAGCUUCAUCCCUACCAGAUGUUGCUUAGAACUGGUGCUGCGGGAUUUUGCCACACCGAUGAACUCAUUCGCACCGGCGGUAUGCCGGUUUCCCUCAAGCACGAUCUUAUUGGUGGCCAUGAACCUGCCGGAACAGUCGUUGACCUAGGCGAAGAUGCAGCCAAAUACGGUUGGCAUAUUGGCCAGAGAGUUGGCGCCCUCGGUUACAUGGGCUACUGCGGGACGUGUCCGGAUUGUAAGGAUGGCCGGCUCAAUUAUUGUACCAAGCUUAGUGACGGGGGAUUCCUCGGAAUGUCUUGUCAAGGAGUGUUUUCUGAGUAUUGCCUCGUUGACUACAGGUCUGCCGUUGAACUACCCGAUACUAUGUCAUUUGUCGAGGCAGCUCCUCUGUUCUGUGCCGGAGCGACGAUGUACAACGCAAUAUUAACGGCCAAGCAACCACAGGGAGCUAUUCUGGGCAUCGUAGGCCUCGGUGCAUUGGGCCACCUCGGCGUUCAGUUUGCGAAGAGCAUGGGAUAUGUGGUCGUCGGCGUUGAUGCGCGCGAUGAGCCCAUCGAAUUAGCGAAAAGCCUGAAGUUAGCUCCCCAUUUGUGUCUCGACGCACGAGAGGGAGUCGAAUCUGCGACCAAAGCGAUUGCCGCAUUGAACCCGGAAAAACCAUUCCCAGGUCUGGAUGCGUGCAUUGUGGCGACUGAUUGGAUCCCCUCCUUUCAGUAUGGUCUAGAUAUCCUAACGCGUCACGGAACUCUCAUAGUUGUUGGACAACCGGCUGAGAAGAUACCUUUCCACUUCUCCGACCUCAUCUUCAAGGACAUCACGGUGAAAGGUAGCCUCUUGGCUUCUCCUGAGAACUGUAAGGCUCUCAUCGAACACGUCGCUCUACAUCCCGUAGAGAUUAAGGUCAAGACUUAUAAACUCGACGAUGUGACGGAGAUGGUUCACGAUCUGCACCAACCAGGCAUGAAGGGGAAGUUUGUAGUCGAGUUCGAGCAAACGCAAGUCCUGUAGCCGUAUCAUUGGUCUGGCCACAGCAACGCCGUCAGGCCACAUGGAGUGGUGUUUCACCCACAACACUCUACAUCACAUUUUAUACAACGUGUAACAUCAUACAGACAUCCGUAUAUCUCGUAGAAAUCAUGAUAUUCGACCUAUCAAAACUGG